GUACUGGUUCAGACCGAGGAGGGAGAGAGGAACGAACAACAAUGGUUCUAUUACCACUUUUGUUCCUGUUGGGGUGGCAGUUCCUCUGCGGCCGCGGGCAGUUCCAGUCCACCGCCAUUGAGCUGCUGACAAAGGCCGCACUCGAGUGGGAGGGGCCUCUGCCGUGCGGCCAGUGGGACUGCAACUGCGCCUUCCAGCACCAGCGCGGCUGCUGCUGUGCAGCCAAUCAGAUGUUCGAGUUGGAGGACGACUGCUUCGGGAGGAUUCAUAACCUGUGGCACGACGUCACGUCACUGAAAUACAAAGCGGAAAUGCUCACAGAUUACAGCCACAUUGCCUUCAAAGCCACCAUGGAUCCAAGUAAUAGCAACAGAAUAUUUGGAGCCUCUCUGCCUUGCUUUGGUCCUUUCAAUACCAAUGUGCCGAUCCCCUACUCCAUCGUCAGUCUUAACGAUGGCAAUGCAUAUAACCCUUCAUUGGGUGUCUUCACGGCUCCUUGCUCCGGUGUUUUCGUCUUCUCCUUCACCGUCUACUCAUAUGUGGGGGAGAAAGAGCUCCUCUACUAUAAAGUCCUGCUGAUGAAGAACAGAGUGGUGGCGGUCAGCGCGUGGGAGAACAACCGGGAGGACUUUGAAGACAACGCCAAUCAAGUGGUGGUGCUGAAGCUGCAGCGAGGCGAUCAGGUCUACGUUGAGCUGAUAUCCGGGAGGAAGCUCUGCAAACACCUGCAGUACAACAUCUUCACCGGCUACAUGCUGUACCCCAUCGCGGACGAGCACGGGUAUUAAACCUGCAGACUCCCGGACCCUUAAAACAAUAUUAAUAAAAAACAAAUCCUCCCUCAACUGCUGAUUCAUGAAA